AGGUACUAUGGCACGGCAAAGUACUAGUAGUAGGAGGAGGAGGAUGUAAGUACUGUGUAGUGGACAAAGAGCCAAUCAGAGAGAGGCACGCCAGAUAGUGCCAAGCCUCGCGAUUUGCGGCUCGUGCACUGCCAGUCGCAGCCUGCAACUUGAAUGAGGUGGUGAGGGCCACUGCAGUGAGAGCGCGUUCAAUCCGUCCUGGUACUACUACUUCUACUGUUACUUCAAGUUGACAGACAGUCCGGUGUUGACCUGUUGCAUCUUGUCAUUCAAGUUGUCCAGAACCUCAAUAUCCUACACCAAACCCAAUUGCCCCGCCAAUUCUACGCUCCCCGUGGCCGACUCUCACCCUUCCACCCUGAACUCGGCGCUCGAUCCCACCAGCCUGCAGCAUGGCCAACGACGAAUACGACUUCCUCUUCAAGGUCGUACUCAUUGGCGACUCCGGCGUCGGUAAAUCGAACCUCCUGAGCCGAUUCACUCGAAACGAGUUCAACCUCGACUCCAAGUCCACGAUCGGUGUGGAAUUCGCGACAAGGUCCAUUCAGGUUGACACCAAGACAAUCAAAGCACAGAUCUGGGAUACUGCAGGGCAAGAAAGAUACCGUGCCAUCACUUCUGCUUACUACCGGGGUGCGGUCGGCGCUCUCUUGGUCUACGACAUCAGCAAACGACAGACAUAUGACAAUGUUACGAGAUGGUUGAAGGAGCUCCGAGACCAUGCCGACGCCAACAUAGUCAUCAUGCUCGUGGGAAACAAGAGUGAUUUGCGACACCUCCGCGCCGUUCCCACUGAAGAGGCCAAGCAGUUUGCAAGUGAGAACAACCUGUCGUUCAUCGAGACUUCAGCGCUCGAUGCUAGCAACGUCGAAUUGGCGUUCCAAAACAUCUUGACAGAAAUCUACCGGAUUGUGUCGAGCAAGGCACUCGACAGCGGCGACGCGGCCCAGGCGCCCACGGGUGGCGUGAAGAUUGACAUGGCCCCUUCAGGCACUCCAGAUGCGAAAGGCAACAAGUGCUGCUAAAUACAGACGAGACUGGGCACGAUUUCCGGAGCAAGGCGUUUGCAGAUUUGCUUGAGCUGGGUUACGAUGCUGCUACCGGUGUGGCUAAGAGCUGCACGAUUUGUUGGAGGAUGCUACAGUCCCUUAAUGGAGCUGAUGGUUUCAGUCGAAUCAAAGUCGUUCAUAAAGCACAGUCCCACAUCGUCCGGUAAAACCCAGGUGCACCCACUCCGGGCGUGUGCUACGCUCGAGCGCGGCGGUCUUGUCUCUGUUUGGUCGGGAGGAUCAUGCUCCUACCAGAUCGGAUGAAGCCAUAUGGCUCAACUCGAGUGCACAGAAGCUGUAAUGUAUACCGGAGUGGCAGACCUGGUGGCAGCCUUGGGCGAGCCCGUCCAGACCCAUGACGCGUAUAGGCAUAAACGUGCGAUUCUUCUGACCGGAAUACUCUACCAUAUUACUGCGUGCUUGCGGCAAUCAAGUUGGGCAACGCAUCUAAGCAAACCGCCCUCAUAUUGUUCAAACUCAAUGUGGCGCGAUGAAGGAGAGAGUCGCACGAAAUACUACUAGUAUCGUCCCGGACAAUUGAAGCGUAGGUUCUACAGUGGCUAGCAUUCUUCUUUAAGCACCCGCUCGGGCAGAGGGCCGUACAGAGCACUCCUACAAUGAGGAUUCCACACAUAUCUGUAUGUUCAACCAUAUAUUUUUUG